AUGGAGAUUCGCACGGGCGCUCCAUUGACGGCCGAAACGUCGCCCGACUCGCAGCCCCCUUCGCAGCCUCCGACACAAACGCGGCCGCCCGUGUCCGCGCCCGCACCCGCCCCGCCCCGAAAGCGCGUCCGCCGCUGGCACCAUCGCGGUUUCACCGGCUGCUCGACUUGUCGCAGACGUCAUGUCCGGUGCGACGAAGCCUCGCCGACCUGCAAGAACUGUACCCGACUGGGGCUCGAGUGCGAUGGCACCCAGGGUCGGAUGACCUUCAAAGUCUACGGGCCGUCCCAGACGCGGGAGGCGGGCACGGCCUCCAGGACGCCGAAGAAGGGGACGAGCAGCCCGGAGUCGUCGGGCGAGUCUUGCUUCACAAGCACUUUCUCUAUAAAGGAGGAAAGCGAGCAAGAGGAUAUCUGCGAAGCGCUUGUGGUGUCGCCCACCACGCAUCCCCAAUCGUCGGGCCACCUUCAUUUUCGCUUCCAGGAGCCAAUCUUCCCAGUGGACCUCAGGUCUGCCUCGAUACAAUGCACUGACGAGCGUUACUUCUCCCAUUUUGUCAACCAGGUUUCCACCCUCCUCAUCAUCUACGACACGUCCAUCAACACCAACCCAUACCGCAGUUAUUUCCCGGGGUUUGCCCAGUCGUCUCCGUCGAUGAUAGGCGCGAUGCAGGCGCUGGGAGCAUUGCAUUUAGCGAAUACUUCGGUCGGCGCAGAGCGGAAUCGGCAUUUCCAACAGGCAAUGGGGCAAUAUGGGCAGGUGGUGAAGAUGUUCCGGGAUCGGUAUGCGCAUCCCAAUCUACAGCUUGGGAUAAGGGACUUUGCGACGUGUUUGUUGCUAUGUCUAUUUGAGAUGAUGGACUCGCAACACCAAAACUGGGACGUCCACCUCAAAGGCGCGCGCGAAAUCUAUAACCUCCUUUUCUACCCGCAUGCCGGCAGUGCGGUGCGCGAAGCACAGCGGGUCGCGGAGACAAACCACCCCCUUCGAUUGUUCCUCGUCUCGUUACUCUCAUAUCUCGACGUGGCUGGUGCAUGUGCGAGAUCAGGCGGCACAGUGGUGACUGGAAGCUAUUGGAAGACUUUGGGAGGCGGAUGGGAGUAUAACCUCGGUACGCCGAGCUUGUCUACCUCACCUCUUCCAGAUGACCCACGCUUGGGGGAGUUACGGCAGGCCUGGUCAAGCAUGAUGGAGGUCCAGGCCGCGAUCAGCACUUUUGCCCUGGACAAGGAGUGGAUGUCGCCGGACCACCAGGAUAUGGUGUACAAGAAGAUCUUCCAUCAACUGGUGGCCUGGCGUGCCAGCACGCCGAUCAGUUUGCAGAUGCUUGGCGAUAUGGAUCUGGAUGAUGAGACUUUGCGACGAUUCCCGUAUCCCGACAUGCUGGAGUAUGUUGGUUGCGUCGAGGCGUACGAGAAGGCGACCUUCGUGCACCUACAUCAAGUAGCUGGAGCUGGUCGACCCAACUGGAUUUCAGAUCGGGCGUACCUGGACAUGCUCAUCACUCGCAUCCUUACUUUGAUCCGCAAACUGUCCAAGGACGUGGGUCAGCUAGCUGUCUUGUGGCCCCUCUUCAUCGCUGGUCAGGAGACCCGGGACCAAGAGGAGCAGCGCUAUGUUCAGCAAACAAUGCACGAGCUCAAACGAUUUGGCUUCAGAAAUGUCGAUAAAGCCCUAGAGCUCCUCGAAGGAGUCUGGUUCAAACGACGCGCCUUUCCUGAGGGUUGGACUGAGACGCUAGAUGAGAUCCAAUCCAACAUCCUCUUGCCUUGA